AUGUCCUCGACUACGAGCAGCACUGCUGCUGCCACUUCGAGCAGCAGUUCGGAAAGCGGAUCGGCCCAGAGCUCGGCUGGCCUUAGCGUCGUUGCCUUCUUCACAGCGUUGUCGACUUCGUUGGUUAUUUUUGCCGUCCAGUUGGGCGUCUUCCUACUCCUCAGAAACAAACUGGCCCGCAUUUUCAAGCCCAAAUCUUUUCUUGUUCCUGAGCGCGAGCGAACAGACCCUCCCCCAGCUAGGCCUUGGACUCUGGUGGCAGCGCUCCUGCGCUUCGACGAUCGCGAGAUAAUCAAAAAGAGUGGGCUCGACGCCUUCUUCUUUCUACGUUACCUGCAGACACUGUUAUUUAUAUUUGUCCCCAUCGCCCUCAUUGUCAUCCCUAUCCUCGUCCCCAUCAACUACGUUGGCGGCCUAGGCCAAUCGUUCACUGCAAUCGAUGCAGCAGCCAACUCCUCGGUUCCCACCGGCCUGGAUACCAUUGCGUGGGGCAAUGUGAAGCCUGUCAACUACAAACGCCAUUGGGCACAUCUGAUUUUGGCUGUGCUUGUCAUCCUCUGGGUCUGCUUUAUAUUCUUCUGCGAGAUGCGUGUUUACAUCAAGGUUCGCCAGGACUACCUCACCAGUGCGGAGCACCGCCUGCGUGCAUCGGCCAAUACAGUCUUGGUCUCUGGCAUCCCUGAAAAGUGGCUUACCGAAGCGGCCCUUCGCGGCUUGUUUGACGUUUUCCCCGGUGGUAUUAGAAAUAUCUGGUUGACACGGGACUACACCAAACUGCUGGACAAGGUCCACGAACGCGAAAACAUUCACGAACUGCUCGAGGCUGCUGAGAGUGAGCUCAUCCGCAACGCCAAGAAGAGCCAGCUUAAGAAGCGUGCUGCCGACGAGAAAAAGGAACGCAAGAAGUUCAAGGCAGGACACGCCUCCAAAGCCGAUCGCGAGGAACGUCUGCGGCAUGAAGACGAGGAGGCUCAGCGGAUGGCACAAGGCGAAGGUGGCAUGAGCGUUGGGCAUCGUGCCGUGCCUCAAAUCGACGGGAUAGAUGAUGCCAGCACCCGCAAAAGCAGCACCGAGGCUGCAAGUCAACCGAUGCAGCGCCAAAAAUCAAUACUCAACCGGGUUUCCGGAUUCGGCCUAGGUUUCUCCAAGGUUGGCUAUGGCAUCAGCCACGGCAUUGUGGGCGGCGCUAAGACGCUGCAGCAGGGUGUCGACAGCCAGCUCGAACGGACGGGAGGCUUUGAUUUUGUUAAGACUGCCAAUCAGCAGGUGCCCGGCCCAUCGUUGCGUCCUACCACGCGAGACUCGGAUCAUCCUCGCGUUGGUGUCCGGAUCAUGGACAGCCCAGAGAGCUCGCCUCCGUUACAAGAGACCAGAACGGGCCAUCAUUCAAAGCCGUCGGACGUCUCUUCACUGAUCAGCCGGCCCAACGAGUCGACAGCGCAGGGUAACACUACGCGCAAAGUCACAAACUGGGAGGAUGCCAUCGCCAUUGAGAACAGCAAAUGGUGGCAGUUCUGGAAGCCGCCCAGCGGUGCCUAUGCCUCGCCUAUUCCGCAAGGAUAUGAGGCAGAUGAGUUUCUUCUAGACGGGGCCGAGACGGAGAAAGAAGGCAAAGCCAAGUCUAUCUGGACCCAGAUUUGCACAAACAUGCCCUUCUUCCGCAGUGAGGACGAUGACAAUGACUAUCCGGUAGCCGAAAACGCAGACUACCCGGGCGAUGAGAAGGAGGACGAAUUUGCCGAGUGGAGAAAGUGGCUUCAGCCCUCGGAUCGUCCGACGUGCCGCCUGCCCAUUUUCAGCUGGACUCCGAACUGGCUGCCUGGCCUGCCUCUGAUCAACAAGAAGGUCGACACCAUCUACUACUGCCGCAAGGAGCUUGCCCGGCUGAACAUGGAAAUCGAAGAAGACCAGCAGGACCGGAACCACAAACGGUACCCGAUCAUGAAGUCGGCCUUCAUUCAAUUUAACAACCAGGUCGCGGCCCACAUGGCCUGCCAGAGCAUCACGCACCAUGUGCCCAUGCAGAUGGCGCCCCGCGUCGUUGAGAUCUCGCCCGACGAUGUCAUCUGGGACAACAUGGCCAUACGCUGGUGGGACCAAUGGCUGCGCACGUUUAUUGUCAUUAGCGUCGUCUUUGGCAUGACCAUCUUGUGGGCGUUCCCUGUGGCGUUCUCCUCGUCCCUGUCCCAGAUCGACUCGCUCGUCGCAAAGUACCCGUGGCUGGGUUUUAUUGAGGACAAUCCGGUGACGUACGACGUGGCUAAGGCUGUUGCCGGCGUGCUCCCCGCUUUGAUCCUCUCCAUUCUUCUGGCGCUGGUGCCCGUCAUCCUCGACCUUCUCUCCAGUUUCCAGGGCGCCAAGACCGGGUCGCAGAAAGCAGAAUAUGUGCAGAUAUACUACUUCUUCUUCCUCUUCGUCCAGGUUUUUCUCGUCGUUUCCAUCGCUAGCGGCGCCGUUGCCACUCUGCAAGAUACGGUGACAAAUGUGCAAGGCAUCCCCCAGAUUCUGGCCAAGAACCUGCCAAAGGCCGCGAACUACUUUUUCAGCUACAUGAUUCUCCAAGCGAUGUCGACCAGUUCGGGUACACUCCUACAGGUCAAGGUCCUGCUGGUGUGGUACAUCCUGGCUCGCUUGGUUGACGACACUGCUCGCAGCAAGUGGAGGCGCCAGACGGAACUUCCAAACAUCAGCUGGGGCUCCUUCUUCCCUGUGUACACCAACUUUGCUUGCAUUGCGCUUGUGUACUCCAUUAUCGCUCCCCUGAUCUCGAUAUUUGCUAUCAUCACGUUUGCGCUGCUCUGGUUUGCCCAUCGCUACAACAUGAUCUACGUCAAUCGCUUCAAGAUCGACACUGGCGGCGUGCUUUAUCCGCGGGCCAUCAACCAGACGUUUACCGGCCUCUAUUUCAUGGAGCUCUGUCUGAUUGGCCUCUUCUUUCUCGUCCGCGAUGAAAACGACGACACUGUUUGCGUGCCGCAAGCCAGUAUCAUGAUCGUGGCGUUGAUUCUCACGGCGCUCUACCAGAUCCUGCUCAACUGGUCUUUCGGGCCACUUUUGCGGUACCUGCCCAUCACAUUCGAGGACGAGGCUGUUCUCCGUGACGAGGUCUUCCAGCGGGCACUGGACCGACGCAUGGGCCUCGUCGGCGAUGACGUCGGAUCGGACGACGAAGCGGCAACGCUCACAGCGGCCGACAGCCAAGUCACUGGGGUUGCGAGCACCAUUCCUAGCGGCAACGGUGAUGGCGUGGAGCUGAAGACCCUGAAAGGACGAGGCCACCAAAACUCCUUUGGACUUUCGAACCGCCUGAAUCCUGUCCGCGGUAUUGCUCAGGCAGGCGCCUGGGCGGCUCAGGGAGGCAAAAAGGUACGAUACGCUACACUUGGCAAAGCAGAGCAUAAUUUGCAAUUGGCGUCCAAGUUUCGUCAAGAGCGUCGCCAGAAAGAUCUGGAGGCCCAGAGGGCUAUGGGGGAGGCUCUUUAUGGAGGGUACAACGACGAGAUUGAAGACCUGACGCCCGAGGAGCGCGACGCUCUCGUUCGAGAGGCUUUCAAACACUCGGCUCUGCGGGCGCGUCGUCCGACUGUCUGGCUUCCUCGGGAUGACAUUGGAGUCAGUGACGACGAGAUCCGACAUGCAUGCAACUUGAGCGACUACAUCUGGAUCAGCAACGAGGGAACAGCAUUGGAUAGCAAGGUUCGCGUGGUCUACGGCCGUGCGCCGCCAGACUUCUCGGACAUUGAGCUGAUCAACCUGUGA